UGUUUUUGUAUGGUUUAGAAUCCACCACCUUUUUUCACACAAAGUUUGUUCUUAAUUUUUGGUUCUUGGGGUUGUGGGCGACAGAAAUUAGAACCUACCUCCCUUUUUCUUCCCUCUGUCCACAAUGUAAUCUGAUUGUUAACCGACAUCUCAUCAUCAUCCCAACCCCCCUUUUUUUCAAUUUCCCCUUCUUACUAUUUCCUCUCUCUUUCUGCGGAAUAACCGCGAAAGAGAACAACCCCUUAACUGUUUGUAUUAUCCCUCCCUUUUUUGUUUCAGAAUUAUGAGGAACAAUGCAUUUUUUGCAUUCAGAAUCAUAAUUUAGGCAAAUAAAUUCAUGGGUAUUUCUGGGGUUUUCUUGAAAUUGAUUGAUUCGUUGAUUAGUUGAUUGAUUGCAGGAAUUUUUGUUGUUUUUAUUUUAAAUUACUUGGUUUUAGAAUAGGAUGAGAUUCAUAAAAGAUGGGGUCUGUUGGAUGUUGUGAAAAACAAGGAAAAAUGUCUGAAUUGGUAGCACGCACUGGUCGACAACAGCAACGCUAUGAAGAUGGCUGUCGUCUUGUUGCUGGGUGUAUCCCUUUUAGAUAUAGAAAUUCUGAAGAAAGUGAUGGAACAGAUUCUGAGAAGAUUGUGGAAGUGCUUAUGAUCAACUCAACUAGUGGACCAGGUCUUCUGUUUCCUAAGGGUGGUUGGGAGAAUGAUGAAACUGUAGAGGAGGCAGCAAGGCGUGAAGCAAUAGAAGAGGCUGGUGUCAAAGGCGACAUAUUGGAUUGUUUGGGUUACUAUGACUUUAAGAGCAAAACCCUGCAAGAUGAUUUCAGCCCGGAAGGUUUAUGCAAGGCUGCUAUGUUUGCAUUGCUUGUGAAGGAGGAGCUGGAGUACUGGCCAGAACAGAGUACACGGCAGAGGAGUUGGUUAACCAUACCCGAAGCUCUAGAUUGUUGCCGGCACCCAUGGAUGCGACAAGCCCUUGAAGAAGGUUUCAUGAAGUGGCAUGCCAGUAGAACAACAGGCAGCGAGUAAGAAAGUGAUGUAUUGCCGCACAGAAACUGAGGGACUUGGUUCAAGAGAGAAUUAUGUUGCCAAGACAGCUUUUCUGCCUUCUUGUUUCUUCGUUGCUUCUGGUUGUUGAGUUGCGAAAGAUGGUAAUUGGUGUGCGUCUUUUAGGGUUUUGACAUGGUUGUUUAGAUUUCAUUCUCAGGAUUUCUUUAGGCGUUUUUGUCUCCGAGAAGAGGUUGUUUUUCAUCAUCUUCUUUUUCAUUUUUGGCUCAACUGACUUCUUUGACUUGUUUAAAAUUACAGGGAAAAGGCAUGCUUUUGAGCUCUCCCAACUGUUUUUAGAACUGUUCUGAUUUCCAUAAGCAACUGUACAUUGUGAAAAUUACUAUGGAGAUUAUACAACACUAAUUGUUCUCCUUUUUGUGACCUGUUUGUUUAUCACAUUGAUAAUGACUUGAUUAUGAUUUGCAAA